UGCCAACAAUAUGCCCAAGCAGGUGGAAGUGCGAAUGCAUGACAGCCACCUCAGCUCAGAGGAGCCCAAGCCCCGGAAUCUGGGCCUGCGCUUGUGCGACAAGCUGGGAAAGAAUCUCCUGCUCACACUGACGGUGUUUGGUGUCAUUCUGGGGGCAGUCUGUGGAGGGCUGCUUCGCCUGGCCUCUCCCCUCCAUCCUGAUGUGGUGAUGUUAAUAGCCUUCCCAGGGGAUAUCCUCAUGAGGAUGCUGAAGAUGCUCAUUCUCCCUCUCAUCACCUCCAGCUUAAUCACAGGUUUAUCAGGCCUGGAUGCAAAAGCGAGUGGUCGAUUAGGCACAAGAGCCAUGGUGUACUACAUGUCCACGACCAUCAUCGCUGCAGUACUGGGGGUCAUCCUGGUCUUGGCUAUUCACCCUGGCAAUCCCAAACUCAAGAAGCAGCUGGGCCCUGGGAAGAAGAACGAUGAAGUUUCCAGCCUGGAUGCCUUCCUAGACCUUAUUCGAAAUCUCUUCCCUGAAAAUCUUGUCCAAGCCUGUUUUCAACAGAUUCAGACAGUGACAAAGAAGGUCCUGGCGACUCCUCCAUCAGAUGAAGGGGCCAACAUAACCAACUCGGUCAUCUCCCUGUUGAAUGAGACUGUGACAGAGGCACCUGAAGAAACCAAGAUGGUUAUCAAGAAAGGCCUGGAGUUCAAGGACGGGAUGAACGUCUUAGGUCUGAUAGGGUUUUUCAUUGCUUUUGGUAUUGCCAUGGGGAAGAUGGGCGAGCAGGCGAAGCUGAUGGUGGAUUUCUUCAACAUUUUGAAUGAGAUCGUCAUGAAGUUAGUGAUCAUGAUCAUGUGGUACUCUCCCCUGGGUAUCGCGUGCCUAAUUUGUGGGAAGAUCAUUGCAAUAAAGGACUUAGAAGUGGUUGCUAGGCAACUGGGGAUGUACAUGAUAACAGUGAUUGUGGGCCUCAUCAUCCAUGGUGGCAUCUUCCUCCCUUUGAUUUACUUUGUAGUGACCAGGAAAAACCCUUUCUCUUUUUUUGCUGGCAUUUUCCAAGCGUGGAUCACUGCCCUGGGUACUGCUUCCAGUGCUGGAACAUUGCCUGUCACCUUUCGUUGCCUGGAAGAAAAUCUUGGGAUUGACAAGCGUGUCACCAGAUUUGUCCUCCCUGUUGGAGCAACCAUUAACAUGGAUGGUACAGCCCUUUAUGAAGCAGUAGCUGCCAUCUUCAUUGCCCAAAUGAAUGGGGUUGUCCUAGAUGGAGGUCAGAUUGUGACUGUAAGCCUCACAGCUACCCUGGCAAGUGUUGGUGCAGCCAGUAUCCCCAGUGCUGGCUUGGUCACCAUGCUCCUGAUUUUGACUGCUGUGGGCCUGCCAACAGAAGAUAUCAGCCUGCUGGUGGCUGUGGACUGGCUGCUGGAUAGGAUGAGAACAUCGGUGAAUGUUGUGGGUGAUUCUUUUGGGGCUGGGAUUGUCUACCAUCUCUCCAAGUCUGAGUUGGAUUCCAUCGACUCUCAACACCAAAUGCAUGAAGAUAUUGAAAUGACCAAGACUCAGUCCAUGUAUGACGAUAUGAAGAACCACAGGGAAAGCAACUCUAAUCAGUGUGUUUAUGCUGCACACAACUCAGUCAUAGUAGAUGAAUGCAAGGUAACUCUGGCAGCCAACGGAAAGUCAGCUGACUGCAGUGUUGAGGAAGAGCCUUGGAAACAUGAAAAAUAA